AUGCCUGGAAUUCCUCUCGACGCCCUCGACAACUUGGUCGGCAAGUUCAAGACCGUCUUCAAGAAGAAGAAGCCUGCCAAGCCCGCGGAGGCCAAGCCCGCGGAGGCCCAGCCCGCCGGACCGGCUGCCACGACGACUACUCCUGCUGCUACCGAGCCUACUAAGACCGAGGCCGCCCCCGCCGCCGCUCCUGCUACUGCUCCUGCUCCUGCUCCCGGUGCCGAAGCUCCUCCUGCUGCUGCUGCUGCUGCCGCCCCUGCUGCUGAAGCUCCCAAGGAGGCCCCCGCUGCGGCUGAGCCUGCUGCUGCCACAACCGCCGCUCCUGCUGCCGAGCCCGCAGCCGCUCCCGCUGCUGCUGAGGCCGCCCCUGCACCGGAGGCUGCUAAGCCUGCGGAGCCAGCCGCUGCUACCGAAGCUCCUAAGGAAGCCCCCGCUGCUGCUCCUGCUGCUCCCGCUGCUCCUACUGAGGCUCCUGCUGCCGAGGCUGCCCCCGCCCCCGCUGCCGCUCCUGCCCCUGCCGCUGCGCCAGCCCCUGCGGCCGCCGAAACUCCUGCUCCCGCUGCUGAGGCUCCCAAGGAGGAGCCAAAGGCGGAGGCUGCGCCUGCUGCCCCAGCUGCCGCCACCACUUCCUAA